AUGACUAAAGUCUUGAGUAUUGGUCUUGGUGGUGUUGGUGUAAUAGCCGCUUACACUCUAGUUCGUAAUGAUCCUACAAUUGAAUUGACUGCUGUCAUUAGAUCUGAUUAUGAUAUUGUAACCACCAAAGGAUACUCUAUUUCUUCAGUCGAUUAUGGCGGACGUUCGUUAGAUGCUGGAGAUAAUGAUGAAUCCAAAAUGAUCCAUGGAUUCAAACCUACGCACGUGGAAAAGACCCUUGAGUCAGCUUCCCAACACGGCCCCUUUGAUUACAUUGUCAUUUGUACUAAAUGUGUUCCUUAUCCUAAGGACAAUGUUUGGGAUCAAGUAUCUCAGAACAUAGAUGCUUUGACUCAUCCCGGUAGAAAGACUCAUGUGGUGUUAAUUCAAAAUGGUAUUGAUAUAGACCAUUAUUGGAACUCCUUGGAGGACCGUGUUCGGUUAAUUUCAGGUGUCAGUUAUAUUCUGUCCGUGAACUAUAAGGGUAAAAUUGUUCAAUAUGGUCCAGAUGAAGUUUUAUUUGGAUAUUUCGAUAAAGAUGAUGAUGAAAAUGGCUUACAGAAAUGGAUUUCCAUGUAUCUGAAUGAUAUUAAUCAAGUUGGUAAAGAUACCAAUCCUCGAUUUACCAGAUGGAAGAAAUUACUUUAUAAUGGAUCAUUUAAUACUAUCUGUGCAUUAACCCAAGCCAACGUUGGUCAAUUGUAUCGUACUAAUGAUGAAAAUAGUGUUGUGGAACAUACUGUGAUACCAAUUAUGAAGCAAAUCCAACAAGUUGCCAAUUAUGAUCUUGAAAAAUUGGGAAUGGAAGAACGUAUUUCCGAUGAACAAAUUAGAAAUAUGGAUAAAUAUACCAAAGAGAGUGAUGCCCCCACCAAUUAUCAACCACUGAUGCUUGUUGACGUUAUAAACAAUAGGGCCAUGGAAUUAGAGGUUAUUUUGGGCAAUGUGCUUUCCAUUCACCGGUCUCAUGGCAGUCCAUUUCAAUUGAAAGAACUUGAAUUUCUCUACUACUUGUUAAGCUUAGUUCAAUAUCGAAUUACACGUGAGUAA